AGAUACCAGAUUCACACAGGUCUCCAGCAUUCAAUAAUAAGGCCUUCUCAACCAAACUGUCUACCUCUGGACAACCUGACUUUGCCACAGAAACUAAAGGACAAUGGUUAUGCAACACACAUGGUAGGGAAAUGGCACCUGGGUUUUUAUCGUAAAGAAUGCAUGCCAACGCAUAGAGGAUUUGAUUCUUUCUUCGGAUCGCUUUUGGGCAGUGGAGAUUACUACAAUCAUUAUAAAUGUGACAGCCCAGGAACUUGUGGAUAUGACCUGUAUGAGAAUGAUAAUGCAGCAUGGGACCAUGAUCACGGUAUUUACUCUACUGAGAUGUACACCCAACGAGUGCAGAAAAUCUUGGCUAGUCACAAUCCUAAGAAACCAUUAUUCCUUUACAUAGCUUAUCAAGCAGUGCAUUCACCUUUACAAGCUCCUGGAACUUAUUUAGAAAAUUAUAAAUCCAUUACUAACUUAAAUAGGCGACGAUAUGCUGCAAUGUUAUCAUGCUUAGAUGAUGCAAUCAAAAAUAUUACCAUUGCUUUAAAAAAAUAUGGCUUCUACAAUAACAGUGUAAUUAUUUAUUCAUCAGAUAAUGGUGGGCAACCAAUGGCAGGUGGUAAUAACUGGCCUUUGCGUGGUAGCAAAGGCACAUAUUGGGAAGGGGGUAUAAGAGCUGUUGGUUUUGUGCACAGUCCACUUUUUAAAAACAAGGGUUAUGUGUGUAAGGAACUCAUACAUAUAACGGAUUGGUUUCCCACAUUAGUUACUUUGGCUGGUGGAGAUAUAGAUGAAGACAUGCAAUUAGAUGGAUAUGACAUUUGGGAAGCAAUAAGUGAGAAAAAGCCUUCUCCAAGAUUGGACAUUCUGCACAAUAUAGAUCCUAUGUACACCAAAGCAAGAAAUGGUUCUUGGGCAGCUGGAUUUGGUAUUUGGAAUACUGCCAUCCAAUCUGCUAUUAGAGUGAACCACUGGAAACUGCUUACCGGAAAUCCUGGCUAUGGAGACUGGGUUCCUCCACAAAGUUUCACCAAUGUGGGACUCAGCCGGUGGCACAAUGAGCGGAUUUCUCUCUCAGGUGGAAAAUCCCUGUGGCUAUUUAACAUAACAGCUGACCCAUAUGAAAGAGUUGAUUUAUCAGGAAAGUACCCAGAGGUUGUAAAGCAGUUACUUAGAAAACUUGCACAGUUCAAUAAAUCUGCAGUUCCAGUGCGUUAUCCCCCAAAGGAUCCAAGAAGUAACCCUAAACUUAAUGGUGGAGUUUGGGGUCCAUGGUACAAGGAGAGUAAUAAAGCAAAGAAAAAAGGUUCAAAAAAAAUCCAAGAAAAACAAGAGGAAGAAAAACUCAAAACACCGCAAACAGAUGUAUUCUGGUUGCCAUCCACCUCCCUCAAACACACAACAAGACAGUUUGGUGCUCAGUUAAUUAUAUCAUUGUCAUGUGUACUGCUAAAUACAUAA